CCCGUCAUAGAGGCGUGGUACCUUCCCCUUUCUUUCUCCUUCCUCCGUGCUCUACAGCUCGAGGAUCAAUUUUCGAGAUCUUCUGAAUUGGGUCGAGUUUGAGAAAUCGGGGAGAUAUGGGUUUCGAAGAUGAUCCGUACCGCGAUGAAGAUGGGGAGCCUUUGAUGGACUACGAUGAUUUCCAUAAUGAUCGCGAACCAUCGCCUGAACCUCUGCAGGACUUUGACGACAAUUUGGUUGAUGAUGUCGGGGACUGGGAUGCGGCCGAAGGGUCACAAACACCGGUCUACGACAAUGAUAAAGUUAAGCCCAGAAAAAGGUUGGUGAAGAAAACGUCCAGUGGAAAAGACGCCAUCGAUGUUCCAGAAUUGGUUGAUGAAGACUUGGACUUUGAUGGCGGUGAGUUCACUGGACAUGGUUCAGAUUUUGAUGACAAGGUGGGUAAGAAGAGGAAGAAGGAAGAAGACUGGAUUGGUAGUAGUGGAAGGAAGGAGGAGAAGAAGCAUAUGAAAUUCCCAAGCCGGGGUGAGGGGAAGUCUGCAGAGAUCGAUGAGAUGUGGAAUUCUAUUGCCCAUAACCCAGAGGUUGAUGAAGAAGGUGUUAGGACUGUGGAUGAUGAUAAUUUCAUCGACGAUAGCGGUUUGGAUCCUUCUGAAAGGUAUGGAAACGACCAUGGAGGCCACUCACCUAGCCAUUACCCUGAGGCAGAGGAGGGUGAAGAGGAUGAUGAGAUAAAUAAACUUUUCAAGGUGGGGAAGAAAAAGAAGAAGAACGAGAAAAAUCCUGCUGAAAUUGCGCUUUUGGUUGAGAAUGUGAUGGCGGAGCUCGAGGUCACAGCCGAAGAAGAUGCAGAUCUUAAUAGACAGGGGAAGCCCGCCGUUAACAAACUUAAGAAGCUUCCACUUCUUACAGAGGUUCUCUCUAAGAAGCAGCUUCAGUCAGAAUUCCUGGAUCAUGGGGUUCUAACUCUGUUGAAGAAUUGGCUCGAGCCACUUCCGGAUGGAAGCUUACCAAACACAAACAUCCGUGCAGCUAUUCUGAAUAUUCUCACCGAUUUUCCUAUCGACUUGGAUCAGUAUGACAGAAGAGAGCAAUUGAAAAAGAGUGGACUUGGAAAGGUCAUUAUGUUCUUAUCGAAGUCUGACGAGGAAACUACAUCAAACAGAAGACUUGCAAAGGAUUUGGUUGAUAAAUGGUCUCGUCCAAUUUUUAACAAGAGUACGAGGUUUGAGGACAUGAGAAACGUUGAUGAAGAUCGGGUUCCCUACAGGAGGCCUUCAGUGAAGAAACCUGGCAACAAAGCCUCAGCGGUGGAAUCCAGAGACGGUGACUUUGACUUGGAUAUUCGGGGUCGGAAAUCUGGUCUGACGUCAGGGCAGAGUUCAUCAUCCAGGCAAGUCACUAUAAGGCCAGAAGCUACACCUUUGGACUUUUUGAUACGUCCUCAAUCCAAGAUUGACCCGGAUGAAAUCAGAGCCCGGGCAAAACAGGUUGCUCAGGACCAGCGCCGGCUGAAGAUGAACAAGAAGCUGCAACAGCUGAAAGGAUCGAAGAAGAAGAGGCUACAGGCGACGAAAGUGAGCGCGGAGGGUCGUGGAAUGCUCAAGUACCUGUAGAAGAAGCUCAGCCUCGGUUCACUCUUUAUCGAGCCACCGGCAAUAAAAAUGACAGAUUGAGUCCAUGCCCAUGGAACCACUGAAGGCAUUGGCCUCUGCAUGUUGAGAUCUUUCAAACAGGAUGUCAAAGCCAUGGAAGAAGUAAAUGUGUUCAUACGCUCUCUCAAUAGUCAAAUAUUGGUUUGAUCUCUGGCUUAACUUGGUAUAAUGAUGAAGCAUUUAACUUUUUCACCAA